CAGACCUAAUUAAUAUUCAUGAGCGAUUCCUUUCGACGGUAGUAGGAUUCAUGAUUUCGAGACUCGGCGAGUCACAAAGUUUUAGAGGAAAGCGUUUGCAGAGCCAGACACACGAUGAGCGUUGGCUGUGCAACAUAGCGUGAUUUUGCCCGUCUGUAAGCCUACAGUAGAGGAUGGAUAUUAAGCGACCGACCUCAGCACAGUCUAACGCUGAAACUCCAGACAGUCCCACAGGGGAUCAUGUUGAGUGGUGUAAACAACUGAUUGCAGCCACAAUGUCAAGUCAGAUCUCUGGACCCAUCAGCUCAGAAAUGAUUUCCAGAGAGUACAAGGACUGUGAUGUGGAGGUUAAAGAAUUUCUCUUGGACAGUGACCCUCAGCAGACUGCCUCCUCUUCGGCACUCAGAGAAGGAAAUAAGCAGGCUCAGAUGGAAGAGGCCCCACGCGUUCCUGGAGAAACCAUCAAAGCUAUUGUCAAGGACGUCAUGUAUAUCUGUCCGUUCUCUGGGGUCGUGAGGGGAACUCUAACCAUCACUGACUACAAGCUCUUCUUUAAAAGCCUGGUGCGGGAUCCUGCGUUUGUGCUGGAUGUGAAUCUUGGAGCCAUUAGCAGACUGGAGUCUAUCGCCGUUCAGAGUCAUGGAGAGAACACUCAAGGGCUUGAGAUCGUUUGCAAGGACUUGAGAAACCCCCGGUUUGCGUACAGGAAGGAGGGACAGAGCAAUUUGGAGGUGUUUGAAAUACUGUCAAAGUACGCAUUCCCUCUCUUCCACAACCUGCCUCUCUUUGCCUUUAAGUACCGAGAGUCAUUUCCAGAAGAUGGCUGGAAGAUCUACGACCCAGUCGCUGAGUAUAAGAGGCAGGGUCUUCCAAACGAGAGCUGGAUCAUCAGUAAAGUCAACAGCAGUUACGGGGUGUGCGAGACGUAUCCCGCUCUGCUGGUCCUUCCUUCAAACGUCACAGAGGACGAACUGAAGAGAGUGGCGGCCUUUAGGGCCAAACGCCGUUUCCCAGACUGUGAUGUGGAGGUUAAAGAAUUUCUCUUGGACAGUGACCCUCAGCAGACUGCCUCCUCUUCGGUCAAGCCUGUUGAACUCCACAGUGUCGUCAUUGUCCUGCAGCUGGACUGUAAUAGAAUGACUGAAUUCUCUGAGUCCAUGAAGCUGCCAAACAGUUGUGUCACUGCACUCAGAGAAGGAAAUAAGCAGGCUCAGAUGGAAGAGGCCCCACGCGUUCCUGGAGAAACCAUCAAAGCUAUUGUCAAGGACGUCAUGUAUAUCUGUCCGUUCUCUGGGGUCGUGAGGGGAACUCUAACCAUCACUGACUACAAGCUCUUCUUUAAAAGCCUGGUGCGGGAUCCUGCGUUUGUGCUGGAUGUGAAUCUUGGAGCCAUUAGCAGACUGGAGUCUAUCGCCGUUCAGAGUCAUGGAGAGAACACUCAAGGGCUUGAGAUCGUUUGCAAGGACUUGAGAAACCCCCGGUUUGCGUACAGGAAGGAGGGACAGAGCAAUUUGGAGGUGUUUGAAAUACUGUCAAAGUACGCAUUCCCUCUCUUCCACAACCUGCCUCUCUUUGCCUUUAAGUACCGAGAGUCAUUUCCAGAAGAUGGCUGGAAGAUCUACGACCCAGUCGCUGAGUAUAAGAGGCAGGGUCUUCCAAACGAGAGCUGGAUCAUCAGUAAAGUCAACAGCAGUUACGAGGUGUGCGAGACGUAUCCCGCUCUGCUGGUCCUUCCUUCAAACGUCACAGAGGACGAACUGAAGAGAGUGGCGGCCUUUAGGGCCAAACGCCGUUUCCCAGCCAAAGAUGGAGGAUAUGAGAAUGAGAGUUUCUACAUCAAUGUGGAACUGAACUUUCUGGAGAUCCCCAACAUACACGUGAUGAGAGAAUCCCUGAGGAAACUGAAGGAGGUGGUGUAUCCUGCCAUCGACCAACAGCGCUGGUUCUCAUCUGUGGACUCUACGCACUGGCUGGAAUACAUCAGGCUCUUGCUAGCAGGUGCGGUGCGCAUCGCAGACCGAAUCGAGUCUGGUAAGACGUCAGUGGUGGUGCACUGCAGCGAUGGCUGGGACCGCACGGCUCAGCUCACCUCUCUGGCCAUGCUCAUGCUGGACGCACACUACCGCUCGCUCAGGGGCUUCCAGGUGCUUCUGGAGAAGGAGUGGCUGAGCUUCGGACACCGCUUUGCCUCACGUGUGGGACAUGGAGAUGGGAAUCAUGCAAACUCUGAGCGCUCGCCUCUCUUUGUGCAGUUCAUCGACUGUGUCUGGCAAAUGACCCGGCAGUUUCCCUCUGCGUUUGAAUUCAACGAGCUAUUUCUCAUCACGGUGCUUGAUCACCUGUACAGCUGCCUGUUCGGGACGUUUCUUUACAACAGCGAGCAAGAACGAGUCUCGAAGGAGGUGUACAGCAAGACCGUGUCUCUGUGGUCAUAUGUGAACAGCCAGCUUGAGGAAUUUACCAACCCGCUGUAUGUGAACUACGAGCACCAUGUUUUAUACCCAGUAGCCAGUUUGAGACAUUUAGAGCUUUGGGUCAGUUAUUAUGUGCGCUGGAACCCUCGCAUGAGGCCACAGGUUCCUGUUCAUCAGAGUCUGAAGGAGUUGUUGGUCCUGAAGUCGGAGUUGCAGAUGAGAGUGGAUGAGUUAAAACGAGAAGCAGCUUCAUCACAAUCUAUCUCCUCUUCCUCAGAGCAUGAAGGAAUGCCCAUGCAGACUACUGUCUGAGCAUAUCUUAUUAACUUGGUAAAUACUGGUGUCAAAAAUCAUUAUAUUUGUUCCAAUCUCUGUUGUCACAGUUGAAUAAUAACAAUAUUUGAAUAUGUUUGAUAAGAUCCUAGUGUAAUUCUUGGAAUAAUAACCACUGUGUGGUCAUUGGUGCCCCCUAAAGGGAGAGGGUGCUCGCUGCAGAGCCAAAUGGGAGGAGCUGGAGCUCUAGCUCCCCCUCGCUGGAUGUAAUGGGUGGAGCUAGACACCCAACCACUCCCUAACCCUACCCCUUACCCUAUUGCUAAACAUAACUCCACCCAUUAGUUCACACAGAGGUGGAGCUGGACAUCCAGAGAGGGGGAGCUGGAGGUCAUUUGGCUCUGCAGUGAGCAGUACUUGCCUAAAGGCCAUAAAACCAGUGGCUAAAUCACAGAGCACUACAGUUCAACAGACAUCCUCCAUGAGUUUUCUGUGUGUUAAAUUGUGUUUAAGGUAUUUAGAUUUUUAUCACAUAUUGUUUACAAUU